AGAGGCGACAGCUGGUGAGCAAGAGGAUUAGAGGAGCGGCUCAAGCCGAUUGGACGGGAUAAAGACGCUGGAGUGACGCAGCAGGAAACUCGAACCGUCCCAAAGGAAUCGUUCGUUAGCGUCUCUGCUUGACCUGAAAACAAAACAUGACAAGUUUUGCUACUGAUGCUAAAAUCUGAGCCUAUAAUUCAUCUCAAACAAUGUUAUUAAACAUUCAUCAACUUAAAACUUUAGGAGCUCAGACUCUGCAGACCUCAAGUAGCAGGUUAAAGGUUAAAGGUCGUGACCCUGAAUCAGUAUGGCUGCUUGGAAGGGUUGAAGGAGAAAGACUCUUCUCUCCAAAAACAAGAUGGCCGUUCGUCAACGUUUAGCAGAGCUGCAUCUGACGGAGGACGAGACUACUGGGACAAUGUCCUCUGGACAUGUUGGACCAGGAUGGAGGAAAUCUAACACAACAGACCAGCAGAAAUGUCCAAUGCAAAUGGGUUUGGAAAUCUUUCAGUCACUGAGUGGACCAGGUUGUCCUCUGACCAGGUUGUCCUCUGACCAGGUUGUCCUCUGACCAGGUUGUCCUCUGUAGACCAAGGUAUUCUAGAGUCAGAUCUGAGUCCAACUGUGUCCUCCCCCCGGCCGCUGAGACACAUUUUACUAUCCAAACGGAGCCGUCCCUUUAGGACGUCCGUCUCUGUCCUCCACGCUUAGAAGACUAGAUUAGAGUAAAUCAUGCAAAUGUUCGUUUAUCUCCCAGAGCAGCUGCCCGCUCAGCAGACAAUUACCUUUGUGAGACAAUUCAGUCACUAGUGACUGCUGCCAACACAAUGUGAGGACAUCGAGAAGACGAACCCAGACAAAUCCUGACUUUAACGGUUUAACCACAGAAACCAGCAUGGAGAGCCAGCUCUACCUCUGGCUCUUCUCUCUAUUGCCCUCCUGUGUUUACACAGGGGUCGGUUUCAACGACAAGUCGGACCUGGACUCUGGUCUCCUCAACAGGAAGUGGAUGGCGUCCAUCCCUGAUGCGACUCCGGUCUCCGCCAUCGCGGUUCCUGGAACCCAUGAGAGCCUGACGCUGAGCGGAGGGCCGCUCGCGGUGACUCAGGUAUGGACUCUGGAAAAGCAGCUGAACGUCGGGAUCCGCUAUCUGGACAUCCACGCUGGGAUCUGGUUUCCCACCGACAAGCAGGUCGGCAUCCGAGACGCCAACUGGCUCUUCUCCCAGGGCGUCACCUUUACCGCGGUGGUAGAGAAGGUUCUGGCGUUCCUGGACGAGAACGGGGGCGAGGCGGUGCUGAUGAAGGUGACGCUACACGGCCUAUACCAAGACCGAGCGGCGCGGCUGGUGGAGCAGCAGCUGCAGAGGUUUGAGGGCAAAAUCUGGAGGAAGGUGUCGGUACCAGAACUGGGCCAGGUCCGAGGGAAGAUCGUCUUUCUGCAGAACAAGAAGUUCCCCCUGGGAACGGAGAACCACCGUUCCUACUUCUUUGAGUCCAACCAGCUGAAAGCCGUAGAAGAGAAACUCAGAGACGUCCGGUGGCAUCUCUGCGGCCAUUACAUCCUGCUGACCCAAACCGCCGCCACCGCGAUGCAGAGGCCCAAGGCGCUGGCCCGGUCCGUCAACCGCCAGCUCAGCGACCUGGUCCGCCGCCGCAGGGCCGGCGCCGGCUGUCUGGGCGUCAUCAGCAUGGACUUCCCCAGCGCCCAGCUGAUCCGCAACAUCAUCCGGCUGGAAACCUGCGGCUGCGGGCCGACCGCGGGCCGGCCGGCAGGACCGGAGGGACCGGGAACAACAGAACCAGGAGAACCGGAACCAGUAGAACCAACAGAACCAGAACCAGGAGAACAAACUGAACGAACCAGCAUGGAGAGUUCGGAACUGCCACCGGGGGCGCUGACGCCUCCUGUCAGCAGCAGAACCGCCAUCUUUGAUCCGCAGAAUGAGAAUUAA